UUUCUUCUACUUCCUGGAUCCAAGUGUAUUGAUUUUUUCAGCUUGAUUUCCUGGUUCAUGACUAUGGAUUUACCCUUGACUUUGUAUGUCUGUUCCAUGCUUCCACCUAACACUCAAAUUAAUGAAUAAAUAAAGCAGUGGUUGGAGCCAUACUGGCAUUUCAUUUGUUGUUUGAAGCCUGCAUCAUUCAGGAUCUCUCAUGGACAUGGAGCUACUAUAUAAAUAUAUCAGUAAGGAUCACCUGUUCUUGUAUGCUGUUGGUGCCUUUGUGCUGUUAUGGGCUUUGAUAUGGAUGUACCGUGACAGCCUGGCAAUCGACAAAAUUAAUGACAAGUAUGUGUUCGUCACCGGCUGUGAUUCAGGUUUUGGGAACCUGCUAUGUAAACAACUAGACAAUUGUGGAUUCCAUGUGUUGGCUGGUUGCUUGACUGAAAAAGGAGCAGAUGACCUAAAGAGAGUGACGGGACCUUAUCUGAAGACCUGCAUACUGGAUGUUACUAGCACAGCUAGUAUUCAGAAUGCUGUGCAAUUGACGAAGAAGGAGGUUGGAGACAGAGGUUUGUGGGGGAUUGUGAACAAUGCAGGGUGCUCCUUGCCCAUGGGUCCUUCUGAGUGGAUGCAGAUCGAGGAUUUCCAGAGCACUCUAAAAGUCAACAUGACAGGUGUGAUUGAGACGACCAUGAAUUUUCUGCCACUAGUCAAGAAAGCCCAUGGACGAAUUGUUAAUGUGGCUUCAGUACUGGGCAGAGUGGCAGUAAACGGAGGUGGAUACUGCAUUUCCAAGUUUGCAGUGGAAUCCUUUUCCGAUUGCCUCAGGAGGGACAUUCAACAUUUUGGAAUCAAAGUAUGUAUAAUAGAACCUGGGUUCUUCAAGACCCAGGUGACAAGCCUGGACCAACUGGAACUGGAACUUCAUCGCCUGUGGAACCAACUGACGCCUGAAGUGAAAGAAAGCUAUGGAGAAAAAUAUCUGGAUAAGUACAUCAACACACAGCGAUUGAUUAUGAAUGCCAUAUGUGAUGCUGAUUUGAGUAAAGUAACCAACUGCAUGGAGCACGCUCUGUCUGCUGCUCACCCAAGGACAAGGUACAGUCCUGGCUGGGAUGCCAAACUCCUCUGGAUCCCUCUCUCUUACAUGCCAGCUUGUAUUGUUGACAUUGCACUGAGAUUUGUGUUGCCACGGCCUGCCAAGAGUGUUUUAUAGAUCCAAAUUUAAAUUAACUAUAUCCAGUGUUCCUUCUCAAAAGGAAGAUUUAUAUGUAUUUACAUUUUAUUUAAGUGAUACAAAAUACUGUUUAUGCCAGUGCAUAUUUUGUCUGUUUAAUUAAGUUGCUAUUGGGUGUUACUCUAUACUGCAAGUGGCAUAUGGAUUCCUUUAAAAUUGCUUUAGCUGCCAGUAAACCACAAACAUCUGACCAAAUAUUUUGUUUAUAACCACCUUGUGCCUGUAUUCUCACUAUAAUAUUAUUGACCGAGCAACAAAAAUAUUUUAAUCAAUAUUUAAUAAAUGUCUUUGGAACACUAAUGAUGUGAAUAAACCCAUUGUAAUUUUAUGUUAAUAAAGU